AUGGACGCUCGAGUUUUUCUUUUGUUUUCUCUGUGUUUCUUCUUUCUUUUUCCGAAUCUUUCUCAUGCUGCUGUCCAAAUCCCUGGAGGAAAAGAAUCGGUUCUGAAAAUGACCACGGGUACGUCUUCUGUUCCGUUGGAUCCAACACGGGUCACACAAAUCUCAUGGCGUCCCAGGGCUUUUAUAUACAGGGGAUUUUUGACUGAUAGGGAGUGUGAUCAUCUUAUUACUCUGGCUAAGGAUAAGCUCGAGAAGUCUACGGUAGCAGACAAUGAUUCUGGAAAGAGUAUAGAAAGUGAAGUCCGCACAAGUUCUGGCAUGUUUCUUAAAAAGGGUCAGGAUGAUGUAGUUGAGAGUAUUGAAGCAAGGAUUGCUGCCUGGACUUUCCUCCCUCCAGAGAAUGGGGAAUCUAUUCAAAUACUGCAUUAUGAGCAUGGACAGAAGUAUGAACCGCACUUUGAUUAUUUUCAUGACAAGUUCAAUCAAGAACUUGGUGGUCAUCGGGUGGCUACUGUACUUAUGUAUUUGUCGAAUAUUGAGAAGGGUGGAGAAACAGUUUUCCCAAAUUCAGAGGCAACAAAAACUCAGCCUAAGGGCAGUGACUGGUCCGAUUGUGCUAAAUAUGGCUAUGCAGUAAAACCCAGGAUGGGUGACGCAUUAUUGUUCUUUAGUCUUCACCCUGAUGCAACCACUGAUCCUUUAAGUUUGCAUGGGAGCUGUCCUGUCAUUGAAGGCGAAAAAUGGUCUGCGACAAAGUGGAUUCACGUGAGAUCUUUUGAUACACCACCUAAGAAUUCCGCAAGUGGAGAUUGUGUUGACUCAAAUCCAAACUGUCCUGUGUGGGCGCUUCAGGGCGAAUGCAAGAAAAAUCCUUUAUAUAUGGUGGGUUCAGAAGAUGCUGUUGGUUAUUGCAGGAAGAGCUGCAAGGUCUGCUCGUCGUAA